UUUGCAUUUACAAUACCAACAAUUCUAAUUAAUUAAUUAUUAACUAUUAAGAACAUUGCCUACUGUAGGUGUUUAAGAUAAUAAAUUGUUUGAUGGUUUAGAAAUGUAGACGGUAUUACUUUAUAAACUUUUUAAGUGUUUUGUGGAUCUAAUAGGUACCUUAUUAAUUGUACACACUAUAAAAAUUGAUUAUCGAUUAAAAAAAUAAUUAAUAGUGCACGUAAAAAGUAAAAAAAAAGGCGAAGUUUCAGAGAAAUGUACUAACAACUGACUGAAAGAAAUGCUUCAUCGAAGUUCAUCGUCCAGACGUAGAAGGGCAUCAAGGAGUGCGGCAUCGUCUCCCCAAACACGACCAGCGCGUUCGGCGGGGACAAGUCCAGGUCGCAGAGCAAGCAUUGCUGUGUCCCCUGUGGAUAGCGAUGUCGGACGCAUUUUUGUCCCGCACAACACCAGCAACAGUCCACGUCCCAGCAUAGUCCCCAAUAUUUCUCUAGACGCAUCCGAGCCUGUUAUGGGAUACGCUUCCAAAAGUCCGCGUCACAGUCUAGUUCCCGAAUCAGCAUUAAGCCCUAGGAAUAGUUUGGUACCUGACUGUGCUGCAAGUCCGCGAAACAGCCUAGUCCCCGAAUCCGCUCUAAGUCCCAGGAACAGUUUGGUGCCAGAAUCAGCGUUAAGUCCUCGAAACAGUUUAGUGAACGAACAAUUACUUUCGCGAAGUCCUAGACACAGUCUCGUUCCUAAUGAAGUGUACAGCAGGAGCCCUAGGGGUAGUUUAGUGCCGGACACUUGUCUUAGUGCGCGAAAUAGUCUAGUGCCUGACAAUUAUAACAGGAAUUAUAGGUACAGUCUAGUGCCUGAAGGCAGUAGAAGCGCUCGAAACAGUUUAGUUCCAGAUACUAAUGGAUGUACAGGACUGAAAGAAAUGCUUCAUCGAAGUUCAUCGUCCAGACGUAGAAGGGCAUCAAGGAGUGCGGCAUCGUCUCCCCAAACACGACCAGCGCGUUCGGCGGGGACAAGUCCAGGUCGCAGAGCAAGCAUUGCUGUGUCCCCUGUGGAUAGCGAUGUCGGACGCAUUUUUGUCCCGCACAACACCAGCAACAGUCCACGUCCCAGCAUAGUCCCCAAUAUUUCUCUAGACGCAUCCGAGCCUGUUAUGGGAUACGCUUCCAAAAGUCCGCGUCACAGUCUAGUUCCCGAAUCAGCAUUAAGCCCUAGGAAUAGUUUGGUACCUGACUGUGCUGCAAGUCCGCGAAACAGCCUAGUCCCCGAAUCCGCUCUAAGUCCCAGGAACAGUUUGGUGCCAGAAUCAGCGUUAAGUCCUCGAAACAGUUUAGUGAACGAACAAUUACUUUCGCGAAGUCCUAGACACAGUCUCGUUCCUAAUGAAGUGUACAGCAGGAGCCCUAGGGGUAGUUUAGUGCCGGACACUUGUCUUAGUGCGCGAAAUAGUCUAGUGCCUGACAAUUAUAACAGGAAUUAUAGGUACAGUCUAGUGCCUGAAGGCAGUAGAAGCGCUCGAAACAGUUUAGUUCCAGAUACUAAUGGAUGUACAGGUUCAAGGCUGAAUUUGUGUGCGGAGUCUAACAGGUCGUCCAAGCUAAAUUUAACGAUUGACCCCAACACGAGAGUUUCUCGGACAUCGUUGGUAACUCCUUCAGAACCGACUGCAUGGCAUCAAAAAUUAAACGCUAACAACGAAGAUGGGAACAACAAAAGCCCUAACAGAAGCCCACGGGGUAGUAUUGGCCCAGAAACGUGUACUCCAUCCAGGAACAGUCCCAGAGGAAGUUUCACCGGAGAAUAUCAAGGUGAAAGAAGUCCCAGAGGCAGCGUUGGUGGCGGUGAAAUAGUUAACAUUAACAAAAGUCCCCGGGGCAGCAUUGCAAGGGGUAGUGUCUCCCAUUACAUCACCGAUUCUAAUAGUAAAACACCAAGAAGAAGCUUGACUCUGACAUUCCAAGACCCUUCACCCGGUGAUCGUAGGGCCAGCGCUGAUAAUUCAUGCGGAAGCAGAUCUGGGGGUCGCUCUUCUCCAUACAAAGCAGGGUCUAGGACUACAAUUCACCAAGGGUACAGCAGUAACACAGCCCUUUCUGAGGCCGGUUCCAGGCGAGCCAGUAGUUCGACGGGAUUGCUUCAGAUAUCGGACGAGAAUCGUCGACUGUGCGGAAGCUCGGAAAGCCAACACAAACAUAGCGGAAGUGAAGAACAGGGUCUCGGAUUGAGCGUUCCCUUGGCAACCUACGGUUCCGUAGCCUACCAACUUAAAGAUGCCAACCUGGAAGCCACAGGCACCUGUGACUUUGUAUGCAAGGCUCUUACAAUCGUCAAUCGCACUGUUAUAGUCACCGUUGUUUUGGUCUGCUUAUCAACUCUUCCACUUCUAAUGUUAAUAAUGGGUGUUCAAUUUUUGCGCGAUUGUCCCCGAGAGCCGCACAUCCCCGUAUACAUGGUGGUGGGCGGUAGUGUGGGGUGCGUGAAGAUGGCUUGGCUCCUUUGGAGUCAGCUCCGAAACCGUCGCGUCGAAGUCAAUUCCAUGGACGCUACAGUGGUCGGGGCCAAAGUUGCGUCCGUCUGUCUCACCCUCUUCCUUAUAGGAUGGUUUGGUUUGGGUAAUUACUGGAUCCUGCGGAUCAAGUGGCCUGAUUACGCCCCUACGCUUUUCGAACCGAACAAGUGGUGCCAUCGUACUUUGUAUGUUUUUUCCUUGGUGCACCUGUUUAUAGUGUAUUCGGUCGCGGUGCUUUUUGUGGUACUAGUGAUUGCUCUCGCGUGUCUACAAUUGUUGGGGUGCUCUGCCUUGGGACCAUCUAGGUACAAAUAGCAAUCGACUAAUGCAAAUUAUUUCGAACUAUGGGACGUCCCUAGGAAAUACUAUUAGUCACUGUGCAUAAGAAGAGGCUUCUCAGACGUCUGGGACUUCAACAUGGUAAGUCUUAAGAACAACCAAUAUUUAGUAAUACUUAUAAUAACCCUUGAACCCUGUACUGGUAAAAUAUGAGGGACCCUGCAGCAAAAAUAUUUGAUUCAAUCUA